ACCGCACUUGCUUAUGCCCGCGUCUGGCAUGUAGUUGAUGCUCGUCAACGCGUACUUGGUCGCAUGGCCACCAACAUUGCCACUACACUCAUGGGAAAGCACAAGCCAAUUUACGACCCUGCAGCUGACUGCGGUGAUUAUGUCGUUGUCUUGAACGCAAAGGAUGUCAUGGUUACUGGAAAGAAGGCCGAACAAAAGCUGUACAGACACCAUACUGGACAUCCUGGUGGAUUAAAAGCAAUCAACUUUAGCAACCUUCAAGCCAAGGAUCCUACCGAGUCUAUUCGUAAAGCAGUAUCAGGAAUGCUGCCAAAGAACAGAUUGCGUGAAGUCAGAAUGGAACGUUUGUUGAUCUUUGAGGGUGCCGAGCAUCCUUAUGAAAGCAAUAUCAUUAAGCAGCACGGUAUCACCAACGUUACCAACGCCACCAACACACAAUAG